AUGUCAUACAAUGGAAUUGGUCUUAAAACGGCUAAAGGUUCAUCAACUUCCGGGUACGUAGUAAAGUCGCUGGCUGACAACAAUGAAAAGAGAGAUGCGAAAAAUUAUCAAUCGAGGCAAUACAGGAACACUAAGGAACAAACGAGUGUCGGCACUAAGGUGACCAACGUGCGCAAUGUUGAUAACAGUAUAUCGCAAAGAAAUAGCAAGCGAGAAGUGGAAGUAAAAGUCAGUGAGUUGCGAGACCGACUAGAAGACGAAGGAAAUGACGACGAAGAUGUCAUUGACGUCAAAUGCAAUGAGCUACGUAGUAAGCUUUUAUCACAAAUGAACGAAAGUCAGCAGAUAUCAAACGCCUACAUUCCUCGAAGUCAACGCGAUAGCAAGUAG